UACAUCUUUUAGGAGCUCUGGCUGCCAGUGCAUCCAUUGGCUAGCUGGAGGUUUCCAGUAGUGCUUGUGAUUGGCCAUACUUAAUGAUCAUUGGCUCAUCAUUUGCUCCUGUAAUUUACUAUGAAUAUUGUAUGCAGGCGGAAUAGCUGCUGAUAAGUUUGAAAUAGCUUGGUCCUGGAUAAGACGUGUGCGCGCGGGCAAAAUAUAUUUCCUUGCUGGGCUGAGAUUUUUUCCAUCACCUAUUGGGAUGCUUCUAUCCUGUAUUCGGAUGGGCAUGAAUGGUCUCAGUCGGAUAUUCACAAUGUAGAUAUUUUUGCUGCAUGUUUGGUGAGGACUAUUUUGCUAAUUAUGUUUUGCGCUAAACUAAAGGAUCUUAAGAUUUCGGGUGAAUGCCCCUUUUCUAUGGUCGUGGGAAAAGAGGAACCCGCGGACUUUGAGGAAAGCAAUGCGGUGAAUGUUGUGCCAGUAUCCAGAGAGGUGCAGGGCAAUAUCGCAAACAUUCUGCCCAGACGCAAAAUAAGCCGGAGCAAAGUUAAUCUGCAUUCACUGGGCGAGAGCAUCCGAAAGCUGGUGUGCCCGGAGUUCGAGAAAUUACGAAAUGCAUUGUUCAGAGUUAUGAAACAGCAGAUAGACAUGAGUUGCCCUGUAGCAUGCAGUUCUGAUGGAUCUCAGACACUGGACAAUGCCGACCAAUUAUCCGAUGUCAUGAGAAACUACUCACUUAAAACAGGUAUCCCCAUGGAUGCACUAAAGAUCUCCCUGGGUCUGGAGGUGUUUCGAGACUGUUAUGAGGAGGAUGGUCAUAUUCUCAGAGUGGUGGGGGGAGCUCUCCAUGAUUUUCUCAACAGCUUUAAUGUUCUCUUAAAGCAAAGCACACCGCCCACCCCUGAGGUACAGCGUUACAUCCACCAAGCAUCCAUCCUCUGCCUGGACAAAGAUCCAGGACUCCUGACAGUCUAUUACUUCAACCCCCUCCCCACCACUGAGCUCUUCUUCUCGGGUAUCAUCCAGGCGGCAGCGUGUUUGCUCUACUGCACACGGGUGGAGGUCAGAAUGGAUGUUGGGGGUAAAGACAGUGGUGCUCUACAGGCCAGUCAUCAGCCCCAUCUGCUGUACUCGGUGGUAGUGAGAGAUGGCAGGAGCCUCACACCAAGCCCCAUGAGGACACACUCGUCUGGAGACAUCCCCCUCUCGCUGCUCUACUCUACUUUUCCCUUCCACGUUCUCCUGGAUCAGGAAAUGGUCCUGAUGCAGAUUGGAGAUGGUUUGAGAAGGAGGCUUGGCCGAUACAGAGAUGGUCAAAGGAGACCCGUUUUCAAUGAGCACUUUGCCAUUGUGUCACCCGAGAUACGAGCCAGCUUCCAGGAUAUUUUGACCAUGCUUAACACCCAGUUCGUGCUACGGGUGAAACAUCAUGGAGCGAGCUCUGCUGACAGCCCUGGAAAGCAUAUGGACCUGAAGGGGCAGAUGAUCUUCAUGUCAGAAAUGAGUGCUCUCCUCUUCCUCGGUUCUCCGUGUGUGGAUAAGCUGGAGGAGUUGACAGGCCGGGGCCUCUACCUCUCUGACAUUCCCAUCCACAAUGCACUACGAGAUGUUGUUCUGGUUGGGGAGCAGACCAAGGCCCAAGAUGGACUAAAAAAACGCCUGGGCAAAGCCAAAGCUGCCUUGGAACAGGCACACCAGGCCCUGGAAGAAGAAAAGAGGCGAACGGUAGAGCUGCUCUUCACGAUAUUCCCAGGGAACGUCGCCCAGCGUUUGUGGCAGGGACUUCCUGUGCAGGCGAAAAAGUUUGAUCAUGUCACCGUGCUGUUCUCAGAUAUUGUGGGCUUCACUGCAACCUGUUCACGUUGUACGCCCAUGCAGGUGGUAAACAUGCUCAGUGAGCUCUACACUAGGUUUGAUCACCACUGCGGUGAGCUGGAUGUGUAUAAGGUGGAAACCAUCGGCGAUGCGUACUGUGUAGCUGGAGGAUUACACAAAGAGUGUCCGACCCAUGCUGUCCAGAUUGCUCUCAUGGCUCUGAAGAUGAUGGAAUUGUCGGAUGAGGUCAUGACUCCCAUGGGGGAGAUCAUCAAGAUGCGUAUCGGGAUCCACUCUGGCUCGGUUUUGGCAGGUGUGGUCGGUGUUAAAAUGCCACGAUACUGCCUUUUUGGCAAUAAUGUCACAUUAGCCAAUAAGUUUGAGUCCUGUAGCCUGCCAAGAAAGAUUAACGUCAGUCCCACCACAUACAGAUUGUUAAAAGAUUGUCCAGAGUUCAUUCUUAUCCCCCGGAGAAGAGAGGAUCUUCCGCCCAACUUCCCCACUGACAUCCCUGGAGUUUGUUACUUUCUCCAGGCUCGUGAUCAAAAGACAAGUGCUGCUUCCAGAGGCUGUGCUACAGAGGAAACUCAGCCCAGUGGAUGAAAACACAAAAUAUCUCAGAGCAGACAACGAAUGCUGGAAACAGUGGAAACAGUGGUUACAGUGGAAACAGUAAUACUGCUUGUCACUCUGUGUAUCGUUUUAGUUGAGCCAGAGGUAGUUUAUCAUCCAACUGUUGAAUGUUGCCAAAAAGCUAUCAAAUAACACUCAUUAGAAGGGUUUCAUUGAGCACUGUGUUUUUCUUCACAGUGGCGUUAAGUAUGAGUCCUGUAAUUUUGAUCGGCUGGACUGUUUUAAUAAAGUAAUUAGUUUAUUUUGACUUCCUAACUGUAUACCAAAAAUCUAAAAAGCAAAGAAUGUCAUCCACAUUUGUAUCUAUAAUAAUUGAUUUCUUUAAACGCUAUAGAGUCAAGAAAGUGAAUCAUUUAUAGUCUAAGGACAACAAGUAUCAUUUCAAUAAUCUGAAUAGAGCACAUCAUUGUAGUACACAGUAAAGGCGAAGAAAUGCACACAGUAAAGCAUCACCUCAGCAGAGCCCAUCCACAAUCAUUCUUGAACUAAACAUUGUGACAUUUCUUUUGUAUUGUAAUAGAUCUGUAAUAAACAUGCUUUAUUGAAA